AUGGAAGGAGUGCCAGAUGCGCGCAGCUCGUCGUUGCCCCCUCCAUUGCGCCAUUCGACAAGAUUGCCUGCGCUCCCAGGAGCCCUUGUUGAAGUCGAGCUCUUCUGUCAGCGAAUGGCGGCUGUCGACAAGCGGGUCAUUGGGCCUUUGACUGGGUGGCAGCUGACAUCAGACACUGUUGACGUUCUGCGGAAACAGACAUCUCCGACACACCCAGCAGCAAUCAUGUUGUUUAGUGCUCAUUUUGAGGAGGCCCGGCACCGCGGUGAGUUUUGUGGUUUUGCAUUGGCCGGGGGAAGCAGUUUUCGAGUCAACGAAUGGGGGCGAACAAUGCCUUUCGCAGACAUGUACUUUUUGGGAGGGUGUUCAAGUGGUACUCCGAUGCAUGAUGGCGACCACUCCGUCCGUGCCUUGCUGCCUCUCGGUCCCAGAUAUGUUGUGACAGCUAUGUGGCCCGUGUCUGAUUCUGGAGCCCUCGUUCUCUCCAACACAUUCUUUGAGCAGCUUCAAGCUGCUUCCGCUCGGAAUCCGCCAGCGGCGCUGACGGCCACUCAGUCCGAGCUGGUAAGAUGCAGCGCGGACGAAAUGUCUGAAAUGGCGAAGGCGGCGCUACAGCUGCUUUCAACCGAUAUUCGUGCACUUCCCGGGGUGAGAAGGGGCUUGGUGGACGCAGAGAAGGCGGUGAAUUCCGAUGCUUACCGUGGCGAUGCCGAGGACGCGGAGCUCUGCUUGCCUUUCUUGGGGUGUGCGCCUCAGCAGCUUCGCGCCGGUCCAUACUGGUGGGCGCCUUUCAGGAUGUUCACUAAUCCUCUCCAGCUGCGAAUUGCCAAGUCCUGUGCUUCUUCGAGCAGGGAAGACUAUUUGUUGGUCCCUUCGAUCGUGGCAUCUUCUGUUUGUUACGCACAUGCCAUGGCAGCAGUUGGGCAAGAUCCGGUAUGCAUGUGCCCAGGCCGUGUCGCAGGCUUUGUAGUUGUGACGGGACCUGACUUGCUUCACCGCGGUGGCAAGCUGAAUGAUGGCAACGUGCCGCGAACACACAUGUUCUGGAUGUUUAGCAGUGGUGGAAAGUGCACAGCCGCAUAUGGAAGUGACGUUCUGGAUGGGGUGCUGGGAGUGUGCGAGAUCAGCGAAGACCUUUACUGCUUUCGGCAUGCGCAGUCCCUGACAUUCUGCCGACGUGACCCCCACGGGAUAACGCCUUUCCAUUUAUCUGGCAAGUUAAGGGGGUCAGGGCUGUGUGGAUGGCCAGCGCCAAGGCUUGAGUGUCCAGCAGGACAUGCCCUAAGCCAAGCAAGCACGACAGCUUCUGGUGUAGUUUGUGAUUUUUGUGGGUAUGACUAUGGUGCAAUGUUUGGCUGUCGGACUUGCAACUUCGACCUGUGCGAGUCGUGCGCGACGGACAAAACUGCCAGAGUUGCUGCGGUAUGCUAUUAUCCCGAAGGGCACGCGUUGUUCAUUGCCUGCGUACAUGGCAAGCCAGCAAAGGGGCAGCGUCUUCUUCGUAAUUAUGCAUGGCAAAGCUGGAUGCAAGUGUAUACGCUGGGGGGCACUGGGCGACAGCUCAGAAAGCCCUUGUCGUGGCACCGUUCAUCUAAAUUUGAAGCUCUGUGUCAGGCCUUUCCACGAGGUUGGUGCGAUGUGCAGCAGUUACAGUGCAUUCAGAUGCUUCGGGGUUUGCACAUCGCUUGCAGCACAGAAGACUUCUGUCCGCCGAGCCGCCUCGGUGGCAUGCUGAUCCUCAAUGCUCGUGAUGGUGGGAUUGUCAUGCGUGUGUCAUGCCCUAGAAUGGAGGGUUUUACUUUCAAUGAGCGCGUUGGCACUGUCAUCGGAUGCGAUAACAAGGUCAUCAUCGCUGACGCAGCUGGUGAGCUCUCAGUGUGGAGCUCCUUGGACCACUCGGUUGGGUCUUUGACGAUGGUCCCAGGAAACUGUGACCUGCUUGUGGGCAUUACGCAAAGUGAGCCGGGCGUGCGUCGGUGGUCUGUUCAGAAUCUCCUUGACACGCCACAUUGGCGAGGGAAUCGCCAAUCUAUCGAACAUGUUGUGCCUGGGUUUGAGGUUGAGUUGUUUGGCGGAUAUUGA